AUGGAACAAUUAGGCUUUCAAGUCAUCGCUGCAACACCUACCCAGACAUCAAAUUUGGGCAUGUUUUCCGGAUUGGUGAACUUGUGUAGUGUCAUGGUUGGAGCUCAUGGUGCUGGCCUUACAAAUGCACUCUUCUUACCAGCCAGGGCAUGCUGGUGCAAGUGGUACCACUGGCGCUAG